AUGGGCGGACGGCUCUGCUGUCACACAAUGACGGCAUGUGCAGUACUGGGUGUCUACGAACAUGUACACGCGCAGGUUGGUGGUUGCCUCGUCCAAGAGGGGCCACAGCAUGGCGAGCUCGGAAACUGCCCACAGGCUCUUUCUUCAGGCUCAUCUUGUUUGCCAGGCUGCGAGGAGGGUUAUGUACUGGAUGGCCCGGUCAGCUGCGAUGCAGGUCAACUGCGUGGGGCUCCUACGAUGCCCAAGCAAGCUCUGUGCAUUGGGCGUCCCAACUUAUUACACUGCAUCCCCUCAUACUUCUAG